ACAAAGCCACUGAUGGCUCAAGGUAGAAUUUAUUGUCAUAUUCUGCGCAGUCUCCUGUUUGUUCCUACAGGGCUAUGAUGUGCGCAACCAUAAGGAAGCAACUGCAUUUUUGACAAACCUGACAGUAGAGGAUGAGAAGCUCCGGUAAUAUUUUGCUGAAGGGGAGAAAAGGAUGCUAUGCGCCCAGGUGUUUUUUAAAACGUUUCUAAUAUAUUCAUGGGGGCGGGUCCGAGGACCUUGUGAAUAUAUAUAGUCUACUGUAGAGACCGGACUGCCCACCUCCGAGUCACUUCACUUGCAGGAAAGCUGAAGUUGGUUGCAUCCACCCUAGCAGCAUCAGCCUGAAACCUUCAGUCAACAUGGCUCUACCUGGAAGAUGCACCUCUAUCAUCAACUUGCGUUACCAAGAUGGCAGUGAAGGGAGCCCGUCCAACCCGGCCAAGUUCAACAACCAAGACUAUGCGCAGCUGAAAGACAACUACCUGCGCAGAAGGACGCUGUUUGUGGACAACACCUUCCCACCUAACAACCAAUCUCUGGGGGACCUGCGUGAUUUCGGCCGUCGUCAGGAAGCCCAAGUGGAGUGGCUCCGUCCGGCGGACAUCUUGAAAGCACAGAAAAAAAGCGUGGAUCCUAUUUUCUGUAGCAAAGGAGCCUCCCGAUUUGACUUUGAUCAAGGCAGCGUGGGUGACUGCUGGUUGCUGGCUGCAAUUUCCUCACUGACGUUCCGCAAAGGCCUGUUGGCUCAAGUUGUGCCGAUGGACCAGAACUUCAGUGAUUACGCCGGGAUAUUUCAUUUCAGGUUCUGGAGGUUCGGCGUGUGGGUGGAUGUUGUCAUUGAUGACUACCUGCCAACACUGAACAAUCAGUUGAUGUUUGUUCGCUCCAAGGACGGAAACGAGUUCUGGGCUCCUCUGAUGGAGAAAGCUUAUGCCAAAGUGUGCGGUUCGUACGCAGACAUGAGCUCUGGAUUGCCAUCGGAGGCCUGCAAGGAUUUCAGUGGAGGCUUGAACAUGGAUUACAAACUCAGUGAAGCCCACUCGGCAGGCCACGACGUGGAGCUGUGGAACUCGCUGAGCAGAGCCACCAGCUGCCAGUCGAUGAUUUGCUGUGGUACUGCCCAGAAAGGGGGGGAGUUGGUGAACACCAUAGAGGACACUGGUAUUGUGAAUGCACAUGCCUAUUCUGUGACAGCAGUCACUGAGGUCGAUUACUGCGGUUCUAAAGUGAAACUGGUGCGUCUCAUGAAUCCUUGGGGCCGAACAGAGUGGAACGGAAAGUGGAGCGACAAGUCUGACAUGUGGAGUAAAGUCAGUCCAGAAGAUCGGAAAAACUUUGUUGACUGCAAUGACGGAGAGUUCUGGAUGGAGUUGGGGGACUUCUGUCAUUAUUUCCAAAACUUGUUCAUCUGCUGUGAGAACCCCAACUUUAUUGAUGGUGACAUCAGCUGCCAGUGGAAAUCCAUGACUUACGAUGGCAGCUGGGUGGCCGGAAAAACUGCAGGCGGCAACUUGUCUUACUCUACCUUUGAGACGAAUCCCCAGUAUCGCUUGCAGGUUACUAAAAUAAACAAGGAUGAGCAAAACGACCAAAACAUCUUCCUGUCUCUGAUGCAGAAACCUCAGAAACAAAAUCGUAAAACAACACAAACCCAACCGAUUGGACUUACCGUCUUUAAGAUUCCUCCAGGGACACCACAGGGACAGCUGAAGGCCUCCUUCUUCCUAAGAAACUGGCCCAUGAAGCAAAGACAGCUGUACACCAAUGAAAGGGAUCUGAUUGAUUCGUACAGCCUGGAGCCUGCCGAGUAUCUGAUCGUGGCCUCCACGAUCAAGCCCAACAUGACUGGAGACUUCGUUCUCACCGUCUACACCAAGACCGAUGCUCAGAUCAGCUCCCAUGAAGAUGAUGGCGAUCACAAAGAGGAGGAGAACUUAAUUCUUCCCAUGCCGCCCAAGGACAAGGACAAGGACAAGGACAAGGACAAGGAGGAGACCACCAACAAGAAUACCAUCCAAGCCUUGUUCAGCAGAUACGCUGAUCAGUUUGGGCGGCUAGUAUCCAGACAGCUCCAGAAGCUCCUGAAUGACAACUUCCCUCACGGCACCUUUGGUUUGGAUACCUGCAUGAGCAUGAUGGCUAUGGUGGAUACCAACAAAACAAUGAUGAUGACUUUCACCGAGUUCUCAACUCUCUGGGAGAAGAUUACCAAAUACGAGAAACGCUUUCAUCUUGCAGAUGUGAAUGAGAAUGGAUCCCUGUCUGAACGUGAGCUCCAGAAGGCAAUGGAGGAUGAGGAAAUGGACACCAACGACUUCAUGGUAAAGCUGAUGAUGGCCCGCUAUUCAGGCACGUCCAACACCUCCUUGGAGAACUUUAUCACGCUCAUGUUACGCCUGGAGAAGACCUCAAAUGUUUUCAAGAACAAAUCAUCAAACGGAGUGAUCCACUUGUCCUGGACUGAGUGGACCAACUUCUCCUUGUACAACUAGAACAAAACAACACUGGGGACCGUGUUGAGAAGAUCACUCCAGCCACGUGCUGCUUUUAGAGGAAUCAAUGUGCAAAACCUUUUUAAGAGGUAAAAAAGCAGUAACAUAAUAACAUGUGAUUCUGAAAUAAAAAUGACCUGAAAUAAGUGAAAUCUUGAAUCUUUCACACA